AUCUGAAGUUUCGUGUCUUUGCGAUACACCAUUCAACCAUCCAGUUAUAACGGCGUUGUACAGAUGAGUCUCCCCUUCCUCGUGUUUGUGUCCUUGGGGGUGAUGACGUCACAGUCCCUCCCGUCCACUUUGGACCCGUCGUUUCAGCUGAGCUUUGACGGAUUCAUGCUGUUUCUUAAAGAGUUGCCUGCCCUUCGUCAACGCCUGGAAGUGGUGAAGCAAACUGGAACCUCCCUAUCAUCAAGAGUUGUUCAGCUCGAAGCUGCCAUCCUGGAGGUCAAUUCAUCAGUCGUGACUCCUCGAGAAAAUAUCAUGUUGAUUGGUCAGAGGGUUCGCCACCUGGAUGUACGAGUGAAGAACAUCACUGGUGUCAUCAAUUCAACCACACAACGGAUGCAGUUGGUGCAGGGGUACACAAAUUCUACAACAGAAUCAAGGGUGAAUUUGACAGCUCUAGCAGAUGAUUGUGACCAAGACCUUUCUGUAACUCAUGACGUCAUACACAAUCUGACGACAUCCCUGGACGCCAUGUUCAACACCACCAGCAAUCAGAUGUCAGAGAGGAACGCUCUACUGAAGACCUUCCAAGGGCUGUCACAGAAAGCAGAGGAAAUAGAGCUAAUGGGAUGUGAUUCCGGGUUUGGUGACGUUCGCAGCGGGUUGUCCAUAACGUCUGCAUUACGUUAUUCCCACCCCUUCUACGACGUCCCCAGCAUCAUGUACAGCCUCACUCACAUGGACAUCAUUCACAGUAGCAGUUCAAACUACAACGUUAACGUCACUGUAACGAACGUCACAAAGUCUGGAAUGUCCGUCACGGUACAGAGGGGCAGCUACACACAAGUCCGCGACUCCGAGUACAACUGGAUGACCUGCUACGUCUGACUGUAUACUGUAACAGAAUAAAUCUAAAUAUGUCAUAA